CAGUCUUGAGUAGAGUGUGAUAUUGAAGAGCUGCUGCAAGCAUUGUUCAUUCGGCUAUUCACAAUGAAGUUUUCUGUUCUCCACGUACUGCCCAGAAGACCGAGGAAGACUAAAGAGGAAAUGGGUGCGGUCGGACACGACCCGGUGGAAGCGACUGUUCUAUCACCUGUAAUGGAGGGCAGUGCCAAAACAGUACAUGGGAGGUUUAGGCAUAAACUGAAGAUGCCCCAAAUACUAGGCUUUGUGCCAAGACCACGGAGCCCCAAACCCAUAGUGGAGAGCAAUCCACCUCAAACAGAGGUGGUUUUGGACUUUAUGGAGAACCUGAAGGAAAAUCGCUUAGUGGAGGCUUGCCAGCAGUUGCUUUUGCGAGAGGAUCAGCUCUUUGGCCAAGAAACCAUGACGAUAGAGGGGUUGGUUCAGGUUUGCAACGAGGACGAUAAAGACACGCUCCAAAAAGAUUAUGAAACCCUGCUGCUCCACUUAUGGAUGGCAGUUCACACCACCUUUAGUUCCACACCCUCAGGAGAACACCUAGAGAUACUUCGGAGUGCGGUGGAAACCAUAAGGCUGCUGGAAGAGAAGGACCAGCAAUGGGAAGGGCGGCCCGAGGGCAGCAGCGAGGCCCCCGUGUGGCGGCCACACCAGUGCCGGCACACCCACGACAACCUGCUUGAAAAAAUUGUGGAUUCUCAAAUGAGGAAUGCGACAGUGGAGGAGGACAAUAUUAGCGUUAGCAGUGUGGACAACCUGUCAACGUCCAUGAAAAGGGAGGUAUGUAGGAUGGGCAAGUGUCUGAAGGAGGACGUUCUCAGGGUGGCCAGGGACAUAAGGGACUGCUACCCCCCAGACUUUGACGUGUGCAACUUGUAUGUGAGACUUUACCAUCAGAAGUUCUCAGCAAGGUUAACAGAACUGGCCCGCUCUGGGCUCGAUGUGGAUGACUGUAACUACCUCCUCUGCUGGGUGAACAAUUACUAUCCAAAUGACAUCUUAAAACACAAAGACCUUGAGGGGCACAUCAACAUGGAGUCUUUGGGAACUCUUUUAUCUGAGAUGGAUCUCACAACAUUGGAGGAGCAGUAUCUACUACAAAAAGAGAGUAAAGUCAGGACCUGGUUCUCCAAGGCUCUCAGUAAGGAGGAGGAGGGUUGGCUCAGUGGAAAGAGUCCAGAACUCAUUGAUGGGUACUGCUUCUGUCCUCUGGCCAUUGACAUCAUACAGGCUGUUGAUGGGGCCAUGAGAGAGGCCAGGACUAUUCUGGGCAGUGAGGCUAAAGCCCAAAGAAUCCUUUGUCAGCUGGACAGCUUCUUGAUGAGCUCUAAGAGAUCUCUUGAAGAAUUUGUGAAGACAAGACGGGAGAACACUCAGGCAGUCGUGAAAGCUAACUUGGUUAACAUUGAACAAUUCAGAGACUUCAUAGUGAGAAGAGAGGAGUCAAUCCCAGAAGAGAUCAGGACAAGCUGUAUGUCCACAUUGGCAGACCUGAGAGACUGUGGCUACGGAUACUUCACCGGCCCCAUACAUGAGGAGCUCAGGGUGCAGUACCAUAGGCUGUGGACGCAGGCCUGGUUUACUGGGGGUCAUAUGGUACUGGAUGAAGUUCUGGGGACACUGGACAGACACAUGCAGCAAUUCACAGACCUCAAACCCAUCUGUGUGGAGGAGCUGCUGGGCCGGCUGCACAUGGAGAUGAUGGUGGAGUAUGUGAAGAGGAUGAUGAAGAGGAAGAUGAGGCUGAAGGACAAGGAGCAGCAGGAGGCAGCAGCCAAGUUACUGGCUGAAGACAGCAGCAAACUGAGUACCUACUUUACUGAAGCAGGGUCCAAAAUAAGCUGGCUGAGUGAGGUCCUCCCUAAAAUGGCGGAGGUGGUCAGACUGCAGGACCCAGGAAGCAUCCAGCUGGAGAUCGUCACCCUGGCUAGGGACUUCCCAGACCUUAGUUGGAGACAUAUUUCGGCUCUGCUUUCCCUCAAAGCCAACCUAUCCACUGCUGAUGUCCGCAGCAUCAAAGAGAGCCUGGAAGUGAACCGUCCUUCAGUCACCUCCUCCAAUACCAACCCACCAUUCUUUUCCAAGGUUCCAGCAGGCAAAUUUUGGCACAUGCCAUCUUAAUUGUGUUAUUUUCUUGUUGUAAACUGUUUUUCUGGUUGAGAAGACGUCAUAUAUCCAGAUUACAACUAACUGGUCUCUGUUAUCAAAUCAAAUGUAUUGGUCACACACAUAUUUAGCAGAUGUUAUUGCAGGUGUAGUGAAGACUAAAAUACAGUAGAAUAGAAUACAGUAUAUAUAUAUAUAUAUAUAUAUAUAUAUAUAUAUAUAUAUAUAUAUGAGAUGAGUAAAGCAUGUAAACAUUAUUAAAGUGACUAUUGAUUCGCAGUCUGUAGGGCAGUAAGUAGCCUCUUAGGUCCAGGGUUAAGUAGCCAGAUGGUAGCCGGCUAGUGAUGGCUAUUUAACAGUCUGAUGUCCUUUUUUUGGUUAUGUUGGUUGUUAUCUUAUCAUCUAACCAGAUUAUAAAGAUGUCCUUUGCUUUUCUUAAAAGAUGUUGUAUUUAAAAUGGUUUAAGAAAAUGGUGUUUCACCUUAAAGGGAAUGGGUCAUGACAUUUAUAAAGCAUGUGACAAAUAACGUUUGAUUUGAAAUGCAUUGGUCCAAUACUUUUUUUAUUUGUGAUUAUGCUGCUUUCCAAUGCUUCAUAAAUUGAUGUGCUCAGCAAAUGUGGGAACUCCUUCAAGACUGUUAGAAAAGCAUUCCUCAUGAAUCUGGUUGAUGGAAUGCCAAGAGUGUGCAAAGCUGUCAUCAAGGCAAUAGGGGGCUACUUUGAAGAAUUUAAAAUGUAAAAUAUGUUGAUUUGUUUAACAUAUUUUUGGUUACUACAUGAUUGCAUAUGUGUUAUUUCAUAGUUUUGAUGUCUUCACUAUUAUUCGAUAAUGUAGAAAAUAGUACAAAUACAGGGCCUUGCAAAAGUAUUCACCCCCUUGAUAUUUUUUUUGCAUUCCAACCUGUAAUUUAAAUGGAUUUUUAUUUGGAUUUCAUGUAAUGGACAUACACAAAAUAGUCCAAAUUGGUGAAGUGGAAUGAAAAAAAUUACUUGUUUCAACAACAAAAUAUUUUUAAAAAACAACAACAGAAAAGUGGUGCGUGCAUGUGUAUUGACCCCCUUUGAUUUGAAGCCCCUAAAUAAGACCUGGUGCAACCAAUUACCUUCAGAAGUCACAUAAUUAGUUAGAUUGCACAGGUGGACUUUAUUUAAGUGUCACAUGAUCUAUCACAUGAUCUCAGUAUAUUUUCACCUGUUCUGAAAGGCCCCAGGGUCUGCAACACCACUAAGCAAGGGGCACCACCAAGCAAGCGGCACCAUGAAGACCAAGGAGCUCUCCAAACAGGUCAGAGAAGUACAGAUUAGGGUUGGGUUAUAAAGAAAUAUCAGAAACUUUGAACAUCCCACGGGGCACCAAUAAAUCCAUCAUAAAAUAAUUGAAAGAAUAUGGCACCACAACAAACCUGCCAAGAGAGGGCCACCCACCAAAACUCACGGACCAGGCAAGGAAGGCAUAAAUCAGAGGCAAAAAAGAGACCCAAGAUGACCCUGAAGGAGCUGCAAAGCUCCACAGCCGAAAUUGGAGUAUCUGUCCAUAGGACCACUUUAAGCCGAACAUUCCACAGAGCUGGGCUUUACGGAAGAGUGGCCAGAAAAAAGCAAUUUCUUAAAGAAAAAAUUUGCAAACACGUUUGGUGUUCACCGAAAGGCAGCUGGGAGACUCCCCAAACAUUGAAGAAGAUACUCUGGUCAGAUGAGACUAAAAUUGAUAUUUUUGGCCAUCAAGGAAAACCCGAUGUCUGGGGCGAACCAACCACCUAUCAUCACUCAGAGAACACAAUCUCGACAGUGAUGAAUGGUGGUGGCAGCAUCAUGCUGUGGGGAUGUUUUUCAUCGGCAAGGACUGGGAAACUGGUCAGAAUGGAAGGAAUGAUGGAUGGCUCUAAAUAUGAGGAAAUUCUUGAGGGAAAGCUGUUUCAGUCUUCCAUAGAUUUUAGACUGGGACAGAGGUUCACCUAACAGCAGGACAAUGACCCUAAGCAUACUGCUAAAGCAACACUUGAGUGGUUUAAGGGGAAACAUUUAAACGUCUUGGAAUGGCUUAGUCAAAGCCCAGACCUCAAUCCAAAAGAAAAUUUGUGGUAUGACAUAAAGAUUUCUGUAUACCAGUGGAACCCAUCCAACUUGAAGGAGCUGGAGCAGUUUGGCCUUGAAGAAUGGGCAAAAAUCCCAGUGGCUAGAUGUGCCAAGCUUAUAGAGACAUACCCCAAGAGACUGGUGGCUCUACCAAAGUAUUGACUUUGGGGUGGGGGGGGGUGAACAGUUAUGCACGCAAAAUUUUUCUGUUUUUUUGUCUUAUUUCUUGUUUGUUUCACAAUAAAACAUAUUUUGCAUUUUCAGAGUGGUAGGCAUAUUGUGUAAAUCAAAUGAUACAAACCCCCCCAAAAAUCUAUUUUAAUUCCAGGUAGUAAGGCAACAAAAUAGGAAAAAUGCCAAGAGGGGGUGAAUACUUUCACAAGCCACUGUAAGUACAAGCCCUGGAAUGAGUAGGCGUUUGCAAACUUUUGACUGGUACUGUAUAUCACAUGUGGAAUAAAUUAAAUUGUUUGAAUGGA